AUGGAGAAAUCGGUGUUGAACAAUUCCAUGAUAAAAGAGGAAGCCUCUGCCAACAGUGCCAAAUUGAGCAGCAACAACGGCAGCAGCAUGAAGCCACCAGUGUAUCUCAACAACCCUCGACCCCACUUGAAGAGGCCGUUGGAAUCCAAUGCCUUCCCACCCAGCCAUCCAUUAGCCGGCCUAUCAUUACCACAAUUACCAACACCAUAUCAACAGCAACAGGCUGCUCGCUUACACUUUUAUCACACUCGCCCACCUGCCUACGUUGAAAAACCAAGCUUUGGUCUCAAAGAUUUUGAAUUACAAGAUACCUUGGGCACUGGUACUUUUGGUAGAGUUUAUUUAUCCAAAUUUGUACCUUCAAGUAAAUAUUAUGCCAUGAAAGUGCUUAAAAAGUCAGAAGUGGUGCGAUUAAAGCAAGUGGAACAUUUGCUGUCUGAAAAGCAAAUCCUGUCAUCGGUCCGGUUUCCCUUCAUUGUAGAUCUCUUUUGCACCUUUCAGGAUGAAUCAAAUUUAUACAUGUUACUCGAAUACGUGGUGGGCGGAGAGCUGUUUACCCAUUUGCGAAGAGCCGGACGAUUUACAAAUGACAUGACAAGAUUCUAUGCAUCUGAAAUUGUGCUGGCAAUAGAGUAUCUACACUCAAAGGACAUCAUUUAUCGUGAUUUGAAGCCAGAGAAUUUGCUGAUUGAUCAUCAGGGCCAUAUCAAAAUUACUGAUUUUGGCUUUGCAAAAAAAGUGGUUGACAGAACAUGGACAUUGUGUGGUACCCCAGAAUACUUGGCUCCUGAAAUCAUUCAAAGCAAAGGACAUGGUAAAGCUGUUGAUUGGUGGGCCUUGGGCAUUCUUAUCUUUGAAAUGUUGGCAGGUUAUCCUCCUUUUUUUGACGACAAUUCUUUCGGCAUCUAUGAGAAGAUUUUGAUGGGGAAAGUUCAAUUCACUGCUCAUUUCGACCCAUUGGCAAAAGACCUUUUGAAGCGGCUAUUAGUGAGCGAUAGGACGAAACGAUUAGGCAAUCUCAAGGGAGGAUCAGAAGAUGUGAAAAGACACAAAUGGUUUAGAGGUGUUGAUUGGGUUGGGCUAUUGGACAAAAAUGUGCGGGCACCGAUUGUUCCACAUUAUCCUCAUCCUGGAGAUACAAGCAACUUUGAAAAAUACCCUGAACAGCUUGAUACCAAUCAUGAUAAUGCAAAUGGUGAAGAUCCCUUCAAGGAUUUGUUUGUGGGCUUUUCAUAA